UUCGCCGGUAUGAGUUUCAAAAAGAGCAAACUCGACUUGCUCAUCCGUGUCCGUUACCAGAACCCCCUACCUGCGCCACCAUGUCCGCCCAAGCUGCUGAACAUACCGACGGACCCCUCGCGCUACGCCAAGCCGGAGUUUACGGACGCUAUCGCAAAUGAGACGCCGCUACCCAUGGUCGUAGACGCUGAGAUGGGCAUGCCGCUCGACUUGGGGCAAUGGGAAUGUUUAUGGCAGGAGAACGGGGACGACUCCGAGCUCAACCCGGACCCGAAUGAUUUGCCCAAGCUCGACCCCAAAGACGAAUUCCUGCUCGGCGACCCCGCGUCAGGCGCUCCGUACACGAACGGCCAUGCGUCAGGACCCGCAACGCCGACACCCAUCACACCAGCGAACGUGACAUGGCUCCGACGGACGGAAUACAUCAGUCGUGAACAACGACCCGCCCAUGCCCAUGAACUAAAGAUGGUGGUUGAGCCACAGAUAGACGUCUCUCGCGCGGCCCAAAUACGACAGAUCGAAGCUUCAUUCGCCGCCGCUUCCGAAGCCGACGAAGACCUAUCUCGAUUACGACACCCGAACAAGCCGAAUGUCACCGCCGUCGACUCGUACGACGUGUUACCAGACGCAGAAAUUUGGGCAAACACGUACGAUCUGUUCCGGUUCUCGGAGCGGCCUGGAGAUCGCCCACCGGACGUGGAAGAUCCUCGGUUAGACUGCGCGAUAUUGCGGCCUAUGGAAUCGGACGGAGAACACUUUUUGGCGUAUUAUCUCACAAAGGACGACGAGUCGGCGCUCGAGUUCAAACGGAGACGACUGGAUCCUCCAUCAGAACCCCACGAUCCGGUGCACUUUCAAUUCGAGAGAGACUACGAGCUCCGCAAGAUCGAACGCGAGGUGCCGAACGAAUUCUUACUCGUCUUGGACGAGGGUACAGGAGAGGAGAACCUAUACGGCGACGUCUCCGAAACGCCUACGAGACCGAAGGGCGCAUAUUACAAGAACAUCGAGCGGAAGAUGAUGCUCAAGCGGAAGCGGCAAAACAUACACGAAGCCUACGCGGACAAGUGGGAUGUCGUGCGCGUGACGCAUCAGCCGAUGCCUCCGGACGACGAGGCGGAGUGGAAGGAGGCCGCGGCGGAGGUGAACAACCCGCAGUUCCUCAACCAGCUCAUGGACCGGGAUGCGGAAGGCGAGGUGGACGAGUCGCACGCCACGAACGGCGAUGGCGGCCUCGACGUCGUCGGUGGGGCAUAGUGGAACCACUCUGUUAUUUCCUGCUCGAUGUUACUUACUGUAUUUACCUUCACGUUUUGUGACGCUUUAUAU